UGCUACGGCUUCCUCCAUAUGACAUCACUGCCUUUGCAGCCAUAGCAGGAAAGAAAGGAUGGUGUCUGGAAUUUGGGGGUUGAACUAAACGAUGUUGCAUUGCAGGUACUAAUAUGGUUAAUGCUGGAAACAUGAAUGGGUCUGGAAAUUUGAUGGAUUUCUUGGAUGAACCUUUCCCCGAUGUUGGGACAUAUGAAGACUUUCAUACCAUUGAUUGGUUGAGGGAGAAGUCACGUGACACAGACAGGCAUAGAAAGAUUACAAACAAAAGCAAGGAGUCAAUAUGGGAGUUCAUCAAAAGUUUACUAGAUGCCUGGUCGGGAUGGGUUGUGAUGCUUCUUAUAGGACUGCUGGCAGGCACAUUAGCUGGAGUUAUCGAUUUGGCGGUGGACUGGAUGACAGAUCUGAAAGAAGGUGUCUGUUUAUCCGCAUUCUGGUACAGCCAUGAGCAGUGCUGCUGGACAUUUAAUGAAACUUCUUUUGAGGACAGGGACAAAUGUCCGCAGUGGCAAAAGUGGUCUGAACUUCUAGUUAACCAGUCUGAGGUAUGUCUACACCUUUCAAAUAAUUUUCACUGUUCUUCCCUGCACAGUUAAUAUUUUAGCAAGGAA